AUGAAGGGCAUGAGAGUUGUGGUUCACGAGAAUGAGAAUGACGUGGGGACGACAUUGGUUGAUAUGUAUUCGAGUGGGGGUGAAAUUGGUUUAGCUUAUAAAGCAUUUAGUGAAAUGGUUGGGAGGAAUGUUGUUGCUUGGACUUCUAUGGUUAAUGCAUUUCUUUUGUAUGGUGAUAUAGAUUCAGCGAGGCGUCUAUUUGAUUUGGCGCCUGAUAGGGAUAUUGUUUUGUGGAACACUAUGGUUUCGGGGUAUAUUAAAUGUGGCGACAUGGUAGCGGCUAGGGAGCUUUUCGAUGUGAUGCCUAAUAAGGACCUGAUGUCUUGGAAUACCUUGUUGAAUGGCUAUGCAAACAAUGCAGACGUUCAGGGAACUGAAAAAUUAUUUGAGGAGAUGCCUGAAAAAAAUGUUAACCGUUCUAAUUGA